GGUUAGGAAGGGAAGAUAGAGAGAGGGAAUAGAAAAAGAAGAGAAGGGAAGGAGGGAGGGGGUUAGGAGGGAGAAAAAGAGAUGUGGUAGUAGAGAGAGAGAGAAUGAAUGAGUUCGAUGUGUGAGAGUGUGUGUGUGUGUGAGUGGUGCAUUUUUUUUCAUGAGCUAAGGACUGCUGCAGUUCUAUCAGACUGUGUGUGUGCGUGAGAGAGAGGGAGAGGGAGAGGAGAGACAAAGAGAAUCCAGCAGCUAUUCAUGUCGACCAGAGUGUUGAGAAACCAGCCCCAACUGGGAAAGUAAAAUCCAGAAGCACAGGGCAGCCCAGCGCUCACUAACUCGCUACAAUGAUGAUCGCCACCACUCAGCAAAACAUGACCAGGGAGCCGGACCUGGGGGUCUCGAGCCGUCCGCCGCGGAACUGGAAGGGUAUUUGCAUCGCUGUGGUGGUCAUCGUGGUGGUCAUGUCCCUCGUCAUCCUCUCCAUCAUCCUGCUCACCCCCGAAGAGUCUCGCCUCUCUCUGCAAUCCCGAUUCUCCCUGGAGGACCUGGCGAGGGAGGAUUUCAAAGUUCACGACCCCGCCGUGGCCUGGGUCAGCGAGUCCGAGGUCACACUGCGCACCAGGGAGGGUCAUGUGAUCAAACGCAACGUGAAAACCAACGAAAGCACAACGCUGGUGGAGAACAGCACCUUUCUCACGCUGAAGGCCUCGCGGUUUCAAGUUUCUCCAGACCUGCGCUUCGUCCUGCUGGCCUACAACGUGCAGCCGAUGCACUCCCAGUCUUUCUCAGCCUCCUAUGCCAUCUACAGCGUGGAUACCAGGGAGAUCUCGGAGCUCAACCCCCCCGAAGUGAAGCGAUCCGUCCUGCAGUUCGCAUCCUGGGGACCUCACGGCAACCAGCUGGUGUAUGUCUUUGAGAACAAUAUCUACUACCAGCCCGAUGCGUCCAGCAGCGCCCAGCGCCUCGUCUCCACCGGCAAGGAAGGGGUUCUUCUCAACGGGGUCUCCGACUGGCUGUACGAAGAGGAGGUGCUCCAAUCAUACGCAGCGCACUGGUGGUCAGGUGACGGGGCGCGGCUGGCCUAUCUGACCAUAAACAACUCGGCCACGCCCAACAUGGAAAUACCUCACUUCCUGGGCGGAGCCUACCCUUCCAGCAGCCGCUACCCCUACCCCAAAGCAGGCCAGCCCAUCCCCACAGUCAGGCUCUUCGUGGUGAACCUGUACGGAUUGGCGCACACACUGGAGCUCAUCCCUCCAGACUCCUUCAGGACCAGAGAGUACUACCUUUCUAUGGUGAAGUGGAUCAGCAGCACCAGUCUGGCAGUGCGAUGGUUAACCCGUCCCCAGAGCCAAUCAGCGCUCACCAUCUGCGAGGCCACCACGGGGGCAUGCCUGGAGAAACACAAAAUGACCUCAGAUGCCUGGAUCACUAAACAGCAGGAGGAGCCCUUGUUCUCCCAGGACGGCUCCACGUUCUUUCUGACUCUCGCGGUGAAGCAGGGAGCCAGGGGGGAGUUCCAGCACAUCGCCCUGCUCAGCACCCAGGCUGCAGCCCCCAUGACCCCCUCUCGCUUCUUGACGUCUGGAAACUGGGACGUGACGUCCCUCUGCGCGCUUGACGAGCGGCGCGGAAAAAUCUACUUCCUGAGUACAGAGAACUCUCCACGGAGCCGACACCUGUACAGCGUGGACGUAGCUGGGGUGUUCCGGAGGGCCUGUGUGACCUGUGACCUCAUCGCUGACUGCACAUUCUUCAGAGCGCAGUUCAGCCCCAACAUGACCAGCUUCACGCUGCACUGCGGAGGACCGGGGGUCCCCAAGGUCUCCGUGCACCAGACUGACGACCCCAGCAAUUACUUCAUCCUGGAAGACAAUGAGGCCCUGGAGGAGGCACUGAGGAGGAAGAGGCUUCCAGAGACGGAGUUCCAGACCAUCCCCGCGGACAGCUACGAUCUGCAGCUGAAGCUGUCCCUGCCAGUGGGGUACAAGGACCGAGUGCACCCCCUCCUCCUCGUUGUUGACGGCACUCCGGGGAGUCAAUCCGUGACGGAACAGUUCACGCUGGACUGGGCCUCGGUUCUGUCCAGCUCUCUCGGGGCGGUUCUGGCCCGGCUGGAUGGCAGGGGAAGCGGGAACCAGGGCCAGAAGCUGCAGCAGGCGGUCCGGCAGAAACUGGGAUCGGCCGAGGUCAAGGACCACCUGAGAGCAGUGGAGUGGUUGAUACAGCAGCCUUACAUCGACCACACAAGGAUUGCUCUGUAUGGGAAGGCGUACGGUGGAUAUUUAACUCUUAAGAUGCUGGCAGCGACAGAUGGUCAGUUUAAAUGUGCGGCUGCGUUCGCUCCUAUCACUGACUUCAGUCUCUACGACGCAGCGUUUUCUGAGCGCUAUCUCGGCCUGCCUUCCAAGGAAGACGGUUUGUACGCAGCUGCCUCGCUGCUAGAGGAGGCUCACAGACUGAGAGACGAGCGUUUCCUUCUGAUCCACGGCACUGCAGACGCCAGUGUUCAUUUCCAGCACACUGCAGAGCUCCUCCACAGGCUGGUCACGGUGGACUCCAAUUACACACUACAGAUCCACCCCGACGAGGGUCACGCGCUCCAAUCGGACCAGAGCCGGCAGCACCUGAUCAGAACCCUGGUCCGAUACUUCCUGGGCUGCCUGCAGAACCCGCGGAGGAGAUCUUCAGAGCGACAAGAGGACGAGUACUGAAUGGGCCAGGCUGAACUGGACCCGCACAGAACUCUGACAGGACCCAGUCCCAGCCCUUCGCAGACUCUCCCAACGGUGACCGUUGAAACGUCAGGGAGCAGGGUUCAAAUUAUCCCGGGGGCCAGCCAGCCAGCCCGAGCCAAAUCUUAUCUAUACAAGUCAAGUGCAUCAGCCACUCAGUCAGUAGCAAUGCCAAGUGAAACACUGACCCCUUUCAUGAUAAAAUACCCUAAAACUCAUCACAACCCUGAAUGAUCUAAAGAGCUCUCGUGUUUUAUGCACAAGACCCCCCCCCCCCCCCCCCCCCCACACACCCCCACACACCCCCACACACACACACACACACACACAGCUCCAAACCUUGGUGGUCAGCCACGACUGCAUGUUGACCACUGCACAGGUCAACGUGGCUCACUCCAUUAUCACUCUUUUAUGUGCACUGGAAAGCAAUACAGAUAUUUUAUUUUAUUUUUUUAAACGGCUGGGGAAAACAUCGGGUGGGUGAAACAGCAAUCGCCAGCAACAGAGACAUCGCAAGCAACACCCCAUACACAACUCCAGAGUGAAGAAGGAGGCAGAGACACUGCUGGGACUGGGAAUUCUACAAGUCCUCUAUUUUCCUGUACAAAGGGAUCCUUCUCCAGUGUACCGUUUUCAGUAUUUCCCAGUUUGUUUUUUUGAUGUGCAAGUCGGACAGCAUAAACCAAGAGGGAGCGUUGUGCUUCGAUUGCUCUAAAAACACGCAGGUGUCUUGUGUCAGCAUGCAUUUCGUUAGGGUAGCAUGGAUCAGCUGUCAGUCUGGAUCAGGGUCUGGGUCAACUCCUGUUUAAAAUCAGUUAUAAUUCCCAUUCCCUUUUCAUCAAUUCCAAAACAGAAUUGAAAUGAACAGCGUUCAGUUCAAACGAGCUUCUCACAGACGGUGGCAGAGAAUCACUUCAACUGAAGUCGCUGUUAGUCAGACAGUUACACUGGCUUCAAAUGACAGCAGUUGAAUGAUUGCAGUGAUUAUUAUGACGUCUCUAAAUGAGGAUUGAGGAUUGAUUUUAGAAUUGGAAUUGAGGAUUGAUUUUAGAAUUGGAAUUGAGGAUUGAUUUUAGAAUUGGAAUUGGAAUCCAGAGAUCGACCCGACCCUGGUUUGGACUCGCGGGGUUAGGUUGCUGUACCUGGACUGUGUUUUAUAUUUUUCACUAAAUGCCAGCAUCAUAUUACUGGACCUUGAAAUGCAUUACUUCCCUCCUUCUAUACGAGAAUGCAGGAGUUGUUUUUGAUGUUGCUGUAAACAGGAAUGAAUACACUUUAUAUAUGUAACAGUGAUGCAUGAGCAGGAAUGGAAGGCCCUUUUUGAUAUGCCUUUAUGACAAUGCCUUACGAUUUUCAAUAAAGUUUUACUUUGUUCUAUAAAAGGGCGCCGUGUUUUUGAUGUAU